CCCUCUGUGCGCUCGAGCGUCUGAAGCCGUUGGCCGCUCGCGCACCGCUUGGCUCUUUCUGUACUCGCUAACAGCCUCACAAUGUUCCUCAAUUUCUCCUCCAUAUCGCUCUUCUAGCUGCUUUUUUUUGUACGCGAAAUUAUUUUCUACACAGCGACGCGUUUAUUUGGGAAUUUAACUGCCGAAACAGCGCCGUCGGCCCGGGUUAUAACGCGGCGCUUCUCCCAUAUAUUAAAAAAAAAAAUAGUUGAGGAGGAAAUUCCACACACAGGAGCACAGAGAGAAGAGCCCGGACUUAAAGCUGAAGAAAGGUACCCUGUCGUACCACAAGGUUGUCAGGGAGCAACUCAGCAACACGUGGUCACAUGGUACUCAGGCUGUGGGACAGCAUUCUUCUUAAGCCUUUGUGUUGUGGAAUCUGUGGCAUUAAUACUGUGGCCUGUGUCCUGCGUCCUGCGUGCUGACCUCAUGGUUUAACCAGGAGUAAAGAUGAGCAUAAGCAGUGAUGAGGUCAACUUCCUGGUGUACAGAUACCUGCAGGAAUCAGGGUUCUCCCAUUCCGCCUUCACGUUUGGCAUAGAGAGCCACAUCAGCCAGUCCAACAUCAAUGGAGCCCUGGUGCCCCCUGCUGCUCUCAUCUCCAUCAUACAGAAGGGCCUGCAGUACGUGGAGGCCGAGGUCAGCAUCAAUGAGGACGGCACCCUGUUUGACGGGCGACCGAUUGAGUCGCUGUCGCUGAUUGACGCUGUGAUGCCUGAUGUGGUGCAGACGCGGCAGCAGGCCUACCGGGACAAGCUGGCACAGCAACAGGCCGCUGCCGCUCCACCCGCCUCUGUCUCGGCUGCCACCAACACACAGGGCAGCACCAAGAACGGCGAGAACACAGCUAAUGGCGAGGAGAACGGAGCGCACACCUUAACUAACAACCAUGCGGACAUGAUGGAGGUCGACGGGGAUGUGGAGAUCCCCCAGAACAAGGCCAUGGUGUUGAGAGGCCACGAAUCAGAGGUCUUCAUCUGUGCCUGGAAUCCUGUUAGCGACCUGCUUGCCUCUGGCUCAGGGGACUCGACAGCCCGCAUCUGGAACCUGAGCGAGAACAGCACCAGCAGCUCCACGCAGCUCGUGCUCCGCCACUGCAUACGGGAGGGGGGGCAGGACGUUCCCAGUAACAAAGACGUAACAUCACUGGACUGGAAUAGUGAAGGAACACUACUAGCAACAGGUUCUUACGAUGGAUUUGCGAGAAUAUGGACAAAAGAUGGUAAUCUCGCAAGCACCCUGGGUCAACACAAAGGUCCCAUAUUUGCUCUCAAGUGGAAUAAAAAAGGAAAUUUUAUCCUUAGUGCUGGUGUGGACAAGACCACCAUUAUCUGGGAUGCACACACAGGAGAGGCCAAGCAGCAGUUUCCGUUCCACUCAGCCCCAGCACUCGACGUAGACUGGCAGAGCAACAACACGUUUGCCUCCUGCAGCACGGACAUGUGUAUCCAUGUGUGUAAGCUUGGCCAGGACAGACCCAUCAAGACAUUCCAAGGGCACACGAAUGAAGUCAAUGCAAUCAAGUGGGAUCCGACCGGCAACCUGCUGGCUUCCUGUUCGGACGACAUGACCCUGAAGAUCUGGAGUAUGAAACAGGACACUUGCGUGCACGAUUUGCAAGCGCACAACAAAGAAAUUUACACUAUCAAGUGGAGCCCUACAGGGCCUGGAACCAACAACCCCAGCGCCAACCUUAUGCUUGCCAGCGCCUCCUUUGAUUCCACGGUGCGGCUGUGGGAUGUGGAACGAGGCAUCUGCAUCCACACCCUCACCAAGCACCAGGAGCCUGUCUAUAGUGUGGCCUUUAGCCCCGACGGCAGGUUUCUGGCCAGCGGCUCCUUCGACAAGUGCGUCCACAUCUGGAACACACAGACGGGGGCUUUGGUGCACAGCUACAGGGGCACAGGCGGCAUCUUUGAAGUGUGCUGGAACGCAGCAGGGGACAAAGUGGGCGCCAGCGCAUCAGACGGAUCUGUUUGUGUGUUAGACCUACGGAAAUAAUGCUACUAGUUGGAAGCCAUGGACCGACUAUGAAUGUGUACAUAGCCAAAACGACUGUCCCCAAGCGACACCCCCGUUGAACCCAUGGCACGCCACUACAGCUGGGAUAGAUGACCCGUGAGACCACCGCACUCCCGCAAGAGAAAAUGAGUUUAACAAAGGACCCCCCCCCCCCCAAAAAAAAUCUUUAC